CCCGGGAUCAGCCGCCUGCCCGCUGCCUUUGUGGGCCGGCAUUGCCCAAAUUCCCGGCCCUGCUCUCGGCGCAGCGGUGCCGCAGUGGCAGCGGGCAGGGGGUGCCGGUGCCGCCCCUCACCUCCUGGGGGCACCUUUUGGGGACGGUGCCCUGAACGGUAACGCAGCCCCACGGGUGCGGGGGGCUGGAACGCGGCAUCACCCCCGGAUUCGGGUACAACCGGCACAAGGGCUGCCCGCGCUGCCUGCUCCGCUCCAGCAUCCCCGCUGGAGAUCAGUCCGUGCCCCGCCGCCCCGCACCGCACCGCGCCGCACCGCGCCGCCCCUCCCGCCCCAGUGCCGGGCGGGUUCCCGGUGCGGGUGCCCGCGGCUCGGAGCGGCGCGUGACCGCCUGCCGCCGCCUCCCGCUCCGCCGCAGAGCCCGGCCCGCACCGGCACCGGCACCGGCAGCGGCAGGGUGAAGGUGAAGGCUCGCCAUGGCCGCAGUGUGGCUCAUCACCUGGGCACUGCUCCUGGCCCACAGCGUCCCCACCACGGCCCAGGGGACACUGUCCGUAGAUGAGACAUCGCAGCAGGGCAGGGCACCGUCCUGGGGACACGUGGGGACACCCCUGGCCUGGGAUGCAUCAGGGGAGCUGAGCGGUGCCGAGGACAUCGAGAGUGAGCGCUGGAGAAGUGGCAGCUCCGUGCGCUGGUCCCAACUGCCGCAGCUGGGCACUGUCACCAGGACACCUCGGGUAACAGGGGGAAGCCUGGCAGGUGACACGGCUCUGGCUGCGGUGGAGGAGCCCUUCAUCACCUGGCAAGGACCAGAGGCCAAAGGCCAGGACAGCCCCAGGGCGAGCACACAGCAGCCCCACAGCUCCACGCCAGGGAUGCCAUCCCCGCAGGUGCCCACGGACACGGGGCCGCCCUGGGCAGGUCAGGGGACACUCCCGUCUGAGCAGAGUGCGUCCAUGCCAGGCAGCACUGCCAGCCCUCAGCCCACCGUGUCCACCAUUGCCCUGAGCCCAGAGCCAGCAGUGGGGACCAGAGUGGUGACAGCAGCCAUGCACAGCUGGGCACAGCCAGCAGCUGCGGGCAGCAGCAAGCAGGGACUAUGGGGUCCCCCCAGCACCACCCCUGCCUCCACUCUGGGGGAGCACAGAGCCCCAUCCCACGGGCUGUCACCCAAGAUGGCACAGGAGGUGAGGGCUGAGACCUGGACCUGGCUGCUGCCUGCACACCAGAGGAGCACACGCAGGGCCCCGCUCAGCAAUGCCACCACCGGGGAUACGGCACCUGCCAGGUCAACGAGACUGCGGGACCCCCAGCCCACCCUCAGCACCAGCAUCACACCGCUGCCCACCAGCAGGUCCCCCCCUGGCACCCCUCAUACAGCUGUCUUCUCCCUCACAGGGCUGCUCCCUGAGCAAGACGUCGGCUCCCCACAGCGAGUCCGGGGUGCCGUGGGGCAUGGCAGCACCCCCAAUGCCACCAAUGUUACCGUGCCCACAGUGCGCCCCACAGCAGGGACACUGCCCGGCACCAGGCGCCCAGACACCGCAGGGACGCAGCCCCCCAUUGCCAGCAGCACUGCAGUGCCCUCAUCCACGUGGCAGCAGGGAGUGGUGCGGGUGAUGACACAGCGUGCCCCACGGCGCCCCAUGGAGCCGGAGCCCAGCGAGCCCCCCACAGAACCGAGCACCUGUACGGGGGCUUCGUGUGCUACUGGGAGCUCCAACACAACAGCACAGGGCUGGGCUGAGCUACGCCGGCCCCUGCGCAUCGCCUGGGCCGUGCACGCCUACGUGGGGGCUGCACUGUGCCUGCUGCUGGCGCUGGGCUGCAUAGCGGGGCUGGGGGGGACCAUCCUGCAGCGCCCACCCCACUGCGCCCUACUGCUGUGCGCCAUGGGGCUGCUGCUGGCCGCCAGCCUGCUGCGGGGCACCUUCCUGCUGCUGGACCCCUAUGGGGCACGAGGCCGGCUGCCGCCCCGCUGCAUGCUGCUGCUCUGCUCCCUGCCCUUCACAUUGCUGCUGGGAGCCUUCGCUCUGCUGCUGGGCCGCCUGCAGUGUGCAGCACAGCUGUGCCUGCUGCCCCCCUCCCUGGGGGGGCUGCCCGUGCUGGGGGUCACGGCCAUGCUGCAGUGCAUCACCCCCUUGGCGGCCGAUCUGCUGUGGCCACGAUGGGGUUUAGGUGCAGGGCUGGCGCUGCAUGGGGUGGGCUGCGUGUUGGCCACGCUGCUGCUGCUGGGGGGGCUGCGGGGCGGCUGGCGGGGGUCCCGCCGUGAGGGGCUGCGAUGUGGGGCGCGGGCGCUGCUGGCAGCGGGGCUGCUGGGGGUGCCGUGCUGUGCGCUGCAGCUGCUCAGCGCCGCGUGGCUGCGGGGCGCCGUGGGCCCGGCUGGGGGCUGCGGGUGGCUGUGCUGGGCCGCAAUGGGAUGGAUGCGGGUGGGAGAGGUGGGAAUGGGGCUGGCGGUGCUGCUGGGGGUGGCCGAGCCGCUGUGGCAGGGAAGGAGGGAGGAGGUUGCAGGGCACUCGUGCUGGGCCAAAGCCGUGCGGUACUUCUGCGCCGGGCGCAAGGCCCAGGUGCCCCAAUACCCCAACAACUGCUACGAGCACGCGCCCACCGGAGACAUCUCCAAGAGCCUCAUCCGCAACCCGGCCGAGCAGCUCCCGCUGCGCGCACUGAAGGACAGCAACACAGCCAUGGCGGCGGGGACACCCGGCCUCAGCCCCAAGUGCCCCAACGUGGCGGUGGCAGCCAUCCGUGAGCACGGCUCCUCGGCCUCGCUGGGGGAGCUGGUGUUCCGCCCGCCAUCCCCCAUUGACCUGCGGCGCAGCAUUGACCAGGCGUUGUGCCGCCGGCACCUGCUGCGCGAGGGGCUGUUCGGGCGGCCGCGCCGCGGUUCUGGAGCCUCCAUCCGCACCUUUGAGCCCCAAAGCACCAUGGCACGAUGCAGCUCCCUGACCGAGCUGCCCCGCGGAGAGGCCGACGUGUCCGUCAGCUCCAUGGAGAGCUUCUCGCUGAAGAUCAGCUGGAACCCGUGGCGGCACGGCCUGUCCUCACCCGACAGCUUGCCGCUGGAGGAGGCGCCCAGCCGGGCACAGCUGCUGGCCCACCAGGAGACCCCCCCGGCCCUGCAGCCCCCCGGCUCCGAGCCUGAGGCGCGGCGCAGCUUCCUGGCGCUCAGCAGGCAGGUGGACGCCCGCAGCCUCUCCAGCGACACCAUUGAGCUCUGAGGAGUCGCCUCCCUGAGCCACAUCCCCUCCUGCCGUGACCCUCA